GAGCCGGCUCCCGCCAGCGCUCCGGCUCCCCGCCCCGGGCUCCAGGUGCGCCUCUCGAGGCGCUGCGCUCCGCCGACGCGCCGAGGGCCCCAGACUCCGACGGCGCCUCGGACGCCGGCUCCGAGCUGGGUCCGGGCAGCCCGGCUCCCACCGCGGAGGUGAGCGGGCGCCGAGGCUGAGGAGAGGGGAGAUUGGGGGGCGCCUGCAGCCAAGGGAAGUGGAGGAAGAAAUGGCAGGCCCUAGUCAACUUUGCAUUCGCCGCUGGACUACCAAGCAUGUAGCUGUGUGGCUGAAGGAUGAAGGGUUUUUUGAAUAUGUGGACAUUUUAUGCAACAAGCACCGACUUGAUGGAAUCACAUUGCUCACACUAACUGAAUAUGAUCUCCGCUCCCCUCCUCUGGAAAUCAAAGUCCUAGGAGACAUCAAAAGAUUAAUGCUCUCAGUCCGAAAAUUGCAGAAAAUACAUACUGAUGUUUUGGAGGAGAUGGGCUACAACAGUGACAGUCCUAUGAGUCCCAUGACUCCAUUCAUCAGUGCUCUUCAGAGUGCAGACUGGCUGUGUAAUGGAGAGCCCACACAUGACUGCGAUGGACCCAUCACUGACUUAAAUCCUGAUCAGUACCAGUACAUGAAUGGCAAAAACAAACAUUCUGUUCGGAGACUGGACCCCGAGUACUGGAAGACCAUACUGAGUUGUGUCUAUGUUUUUAUCGUGUUCGGGUUUACGUCUUUCAUCAUGGUUAUUGUCCAUGAGCGAGUGCCUGACAUGCAGACCUAUCCUCCACUCCCAGAUAUAUUCUUAGACAGUGUUCCUAGGAUCCCAUGGGCCUUCUCCAUGACUGAAGUGUGUGGUAUGAUUCUGUGCUACAUCUGGAUCUUGGUUCUCCUCCUACACAAGCACAGGUCAAUUCUUCUGCGAAGGCUCUGUAGUCUGAUGGGCACUGUGUUCUUGCUUCGCUGCUUUACCAUGUUUGUGACUUCCCUCUCCGUUCCAGGACAGCACCUGCAGUGCACUGGAAAGAUAUAUGGAAGUGUGUGGGAGAAACUACACCGGGCGUUUGCCAUUUGGAGCGGCUUUGGCAUGACCCUGACUGGUGUCCACACUUGUGGAGAUUACAUGUUUAGUGGCCACACAGUUGUUCUAACUAUGCUGAAUUUCUUUGUCACAGAAUAUACACCAAGAAGCUGGAAUUUCUUGCACACUCUCUCCUGGGUUCUCAACCUCUUUGGAAUCUUCUUCAUCUUGGCUGCCCAUGAACAUUAUUCCAUUGAUGUGUUUAUUGCCUUUUAUAUCACAACAAGACUCUUUUUGUAUUACCAUACUCUGGCCAAUACCAGAGCAUAUCAUCAGAGUAGGAGAGCGAGAAUUUGGUUUCCUAUGUUUUCUUUCUUUGAAUGCAAUGUUAAUGGCACAGUACCUAAUGAAUAUUGUUGGCCAUUUUCUAAACCAGCAAUAAUGAAAAGACUAAUUGGAUGAAGACUGUAUCUCUGUAAUGAGUUCGUUGUUAAAUAUAUAGUAGUUAUGGAAUGAAAAUAACUUUGCUUUGUCCCCAGGUUCCUGGAUAUGUUGCAUUUUGGCUUAUAUAUUGACAGGUUUUCCGUUCUGAGCAAGGAUAUGACUAUAAAACUUGAGAAGGAGCAACCAAGACUCCUUACCUAGCUGUUUGAAUGGAAAGCUCAAUGAGAGAUUUUCUGCCCCUUCACUUUAGGAAGACCCAGUAUGUGGAUGAUGUCAGGCCAUUAACCUGUGCAUGUUGAGUGUUUGCUUACUGAACUCAAGCACAUCAGCUUGGGCUGGUUGAAGGAUCUUUAUUGAUUUCCAGUAGGACUCAAGUCAAGAAAUACUUUGAAACUGGUUUUUCCCCUUACCAAGUAAGCCAUUCUCACUUGUUCAUGAACUAAUCUCUGUGUCUGUCUGGAAAGUGGCUUACUGGUAGAUAUGUUUUGCCUUUUGAACCAUUUUUAAGAAAAGCAUAUUGAACACAGCAGCUUUCAUGAAAGAAGAGAAUGCAAGGGGCCACAUGCGAGGUGACACACUGGUCAGGGGUCACUGGCCUACCCACUAAUGCAAAUAUGGGGUCAGCGUUUUCACCACAGGUGCAGCAUCAGUUGCAGUUCCUGUUCUGUUUUGAGGCUUCAGUGUGAACAACAGUAAAGAUUCAUGAGGGAAAAUGGCUGUGUUCAGAAUAGUAAAGUGGUGUCAUUUUAGUGCUGUAAGUAUUUGGGAUAAAUUCUUGUUGUAACUGUUAGUUAGGUAGAUGACAGCCCAGUAUAAUGCCUUUUUAAUGACGUGACUUCGUGAGACAAAUAAGAGUAUGUUACCAGAUGUUUUUAUGUCAGUAAAUGAGUAAAUGUGCAUGUAAAGAAUUCUUUUCUUCUGGGAAAAAAAAAAUCAACAGGUUGUAGGCAUAGUGUUAACUCUUUGAGGGUUUUUUCUUUCUUUCUUUUUCCUGCAAGUUCUCAUUCUUGACCGAUGAAAGUAAAUAGUCUGAGACACACUUGGACACAAAAAAGCUUGUUGCUUUUUAUUUUAAAAAAUAAUUGUGUACAUACAUUCUUUUCUAUAGUCUUAUUUUGGCAGUCAAGAACUAAAAUAAAGUAGCUGCUGUUUACAUUAGAAAAUUACCUUCAGUGAUUAAUUUUACCUCUCUGAUACUGUUUGUUACUUUAUUUUUUAUUGGUUUUGUACAACAGUUUUAACCUUAGCCUCGUUGUAGAAUUGGAAAUUGACCUUCAGCUUAAACAAUUGGAAUACUAAUUGUAUAGUUUUUACAUUCCAUUUUAAAACAAGUACUUUGAAGAGGUACAGGCAUACUGAGGUCACAAUUAGACCAUGGCAUUUGCUUGUUCCUUCUCUGGGUGAAAUGUUCAUUUUGUAGUUGGAGUCAUAGUCCCACCUCUUGGAAGCUACCUAAGUGAGUUAGGCAGGAAGGGGAUAUUAGGCAAACAGGGUUCAGCCCGUGCUGAGUGACCACACUUUGAAUGUGCUGGGAACAUCACUUAUUUCUCACCUGAAGAAAUGAUGUGAAGCAACUCAAGUUUAAUUAUGUUUUUAAAUCGUAUACUUCAGAAUCUUGCAGUAUUUUAAAUUGUUGAUUCUGUUACAAGCCAGGAUCACAAAUGCCAAUAUCUCUUCUAAAGAAAUUUCAUAAUCAUGGAAAGAAAGUUUUCCAUGCUUAUUUGAGUGGUUUGACUUGAGGUCAAGGGAUAUUACUGCCAUCCCUUCUCAUCCCCUUCCCCUCCCACACACACACACAUAGCAGAACCCAAAUUUAGCUAGGGGGCCAGGGAAGACAGUGUUGGCUUUUGGGAAAAUGUUCCAAAAACAUCUGUGUCAACAUUAAUUGUGAAAUGCUAACUAUAUUAAUGGUAAAUGUCUUAACAUCAGGCUUCUCUCCUCCAUAUGGAUUCUAUCGUAGAACAAAGUAGGAAAAUAAGUGCAGCUAGCCUUGCAGAGCUCUUGGUGGUGAGAGUACCUGACAGCAGCCUGCAGUGUGGGUUGAGAGAAAGGUAAGCUAGAUGUAUAACCUCUCAGCUAUUAUAAGACAGUGUUUACAUGAGCUAAUCAUCCUCAAGUUUCAAAACUAAAGCAAAAUUAAUUUUCAGUUUUUGUCUUCGCACCUUUUUUUCUUGUAAAAAUCUUAACCAUAGUGAGGAUAGAAUUUAUGUUUACAUUUUGGGUAUGAUGUGGCUGGGUGCAGAGGCUCCUCACUUUUGGACCUUGUAUUUGAUUCUGUGGUCAUACAAGGCUUUCAUCCUCAACAGCUUAGUAUGGAAGCAGGGAAAGGUUUUGAGUUUUGGGGCAUGCAAAGUAGGGCUUCUGUGGGAAGUCCUUGAUGGAUUGUCUAUAUUCUAGAAACAGUGUCUGUCAUUGCCUCCCUAUGGUGCUAAACCUAGGGCUGUGUGUCUGCUAGGCAAGUGCUCUACUGUUGAGUGACAUCCUCAGCUCUCUGUGUUCUUUACGGGGCAAGACAGAGUGUCUUACUAAAAAAUAGUUGAGCCGGUAGGGGGAAAAAUGUUUUAAGGAAGAUAAGAUUGCUCUUAUCACCACAUACUUUGGCAGAAAAGUUUUUCGUCUGUGUUGCUGUUCCCAGUGAGGCUAUCCUCCAGUUCUCUCUGACCAGAAUUGCUGUGGCAAAAAUACUACUUUUAUAUGCUGGCUCUAUAUGUUAAUAUUCUUCCAGAUCAGAAAGCAAUGGGCUCCAUCUUAGAACUAGCCAAUUUAAUAAACAUGGACUGUAACCAAGAAAAACCCACUGCCAAGAGCAUAACAUUGACACUGCAAGUGGUGGUCAGCGCUAUUCCACCUGCCUGUGUUAUGACUGAGAAUUCCCAAAAAUUUCUAGUAAGUGGAAAACAGAGGCACUAAGUCCUUUGAUAGCAGAGAAGGAGUUCUAGGAACAUUUGUGCAAACCUUUUUUUUUUUUUUGAGACAGGGUUUCUCAAACUCAGGGAUCCACCUGUCUUUGUCUUCCGUGCUGGGAUUAAAGGCAUGCACCACCACACCCACCUUUGUAUAAAAGUUAAGACAUGGAAAUUCAAAUUCAUGACAAAAACGUGUCUUAAUUUUAUUGAGCGAAAAGCAAUUUUAUCACUGAAAGAUUCUGGUCCAAAAUGCUUAAGGAUGUUUACAAUAUUUUUAAACUCUGAUUUAGUACACUUUAAUCUUUUGUGGACAGAAAUCCCAGUGAAAGCAGUGAUAAUACAGUCACAUGUCAGCCCUCUAAGGUUGUCAGACUUGAAGGACAUGAAAGCUCCUUGAAGUAAUUCAUUUGCUUUCCUUCCUAAGUGUGAAAGCCACCAAAGCAUGGCUGUUCUAAUGGCAACUUUGUUAAACAGUUUAGACAGUUGAUGUUUGUUAAAAAGUGAUUUUAGCCCCAGUUAAUCCCUAUAGCUCUGCAGCUGGGGAUUUGAAGUACCAUCAAAGCUCAGGAUGCUUCAGGUGACCGAUGGGAAGAGAAAGGGUUUUGUUUGUUUCUUCUCUUUGUGAAUAGCUUUAAAUGACUAAAAUUAUUAUAGAAGUAGGUAUUGGUGUGUCUGUCAGUUCAGUGGCACUAAUUUCACAUAAGUAAUGUAAUGAAUUACUAUAUCAAGUUCAGUAUAAAUGUCUGUGAACUCUAAGCUAUUUCUCCAGCCACACUAAGUUGCUUUUGAGGAUACAUUCUACUCUUUGUUAAUCAAAGGACUCUUUAUUCUGUGUAGUUCCUGUCUUGGCAUAAGGAAGCUUUGUGCUUUGACACGAGAAGUAAUGUUAUGUUAUGUUAUGUUGUUCAUUUCCAUUGUUAUUUCACAUCUCUUUUAAUCUGAACUACUGGAUUGUCUAAAGAACUAAACAGAGCCUGUUAUUAACAUCUUUAAAAUGUUUAAUUUUAGUAAUUUUUCAUUUGAAGAAUUCGUGGACUGUUAGGAUAAUGAAAUAGUUCUAAUAUGGAACAAAGGAAGUGAAACUGGUACUCAAUGGGGAAGUGGUUUGCUUGGACUAAACCAGGCAUGUUUAGUUUUGGGAAUUCUACCUAAAGGUCUCCCUGUCCACAGAGAAACUAGUGUUACUUGAAGAUAUGAAAGUUCCUGUGGUAGCCAUACCUUGAAGCACAGUGUUGUAUAUAAGUAAAUAUCUGAUUCUAAAUUAAAUCCAGAUUUAACUAAUAUAUAUUAUUUUAUAUCUUUGUUGUAUUAAAAUGUUUUAAACACUAAAAAUAAAACAUUUGAAAGUUGA